AUACUCUGUAGUACUCUGUAUAAAGGCAACAGAGAAUAUUCUUAAAGUGUGUAUGGUGGAAGAAAGGUUAAUUAGCAGUCUUAAACGACAGACAUUUGUGGUCUAAUGAAUGGCUGGAAUCAUAAUGGACAAGUAAUAUAUUCCCAAAAAAACUGGAAUACUUGACUUGCUUUCUACAAGUGUUGUGAGUACUAAAUAAUAAGAUUAAGUUAUAAAAUAGCUAACGUAACUCAUUGAAACAAAAAUAAUACACGUAACUAAAAUCUAAUUUCUAUCAUUGGAGAGAGGCAUUUUUUGAUACAAGUUUAUGAGUUGUUGCGUUUCCUGCUUUCACUAGAAUUCUCCGGAAAAAAAAAAAAAGGGUAAUACGGAGUACUAUAUUUUGUUUCAAAUUUUCAUCACUCUAAACACGAGUAAUAGCAAUUGAUCCGAAGGCCUAUUCUAUAAUUCAUUUACAUUCAAUUGUAUCCCCAACAAAAUCUGAUCGAAUGGGAGAAGAUGGAGAUAGUAAAAACACCCCUUUAUUACUCCAACCAUCAUCGGAAACACGACAUCCCCACAAGAGGACUGGGACUUUAUGGUCUGCAGUAGCACACAUAAUAACAGGAGUGAUCGGGUCAGGAGUACUAUCUUUGGCAUGGAGUAUGAGUCAGUUGGGUUGGAUAGCAGGUCCCAUUGCAAUGCUGGUCUUCGCCUUCAUUACACUCCUUUCUGCAUUUCUCCUGUGUAACUGUUACAGGUCUCCUGACCCUGAACACGGCCCUGUCCGAAACCCGUCUUACCUUGAAGCUGUUUACUCUAAUUUGGGAGAAACCAGGGCCUGGCUAUGCGGCUUCUUUGUUCAUAUUAACUUAUAUGGGAUUGGAAUUGCUUAUACUAUCACUUCUGCUAUCAGCAUCAGAGCAAUACAGGAAUCAAACUGUUAUCACAAGCAUGGGCAUCAGGCACCCUGCAAUUUUGGGGAUGCCUACUACAUGUUAAUCUUUGGCUUUCUACAGAUUUUUAUGUCCCAGAUACCAAAUAUGCAUGACAUUAAAUGGCUUUCAUUAGUUGCUGCUAUCAUGUCUUUCUCCUAUUCCCUCAUUGUACUCGGACUUGGAACCGCUCGUGUUAUUGAAAAUGGUGUGAUUAAGGGGAGCAUACAAGGAAUACCCACCGCAACUGUCAUGGAAAAAGUAUGGCUGGUUGCACAAGGAGUAGGUGAUAUAGCAUUUGCCUACCCAUACUCCUUGAUUCUUAUUGAGAUUCAGGAUACUCUGAAGUCUCCCCCAUCAGAAAAUGAGACCAUGAAGAAGGCUUCUACAAUAUCUGUUGCAUUGACCACCUUCUUUUAUCUCCUUUGUGGAGGAUUUGGUUAUGCUGCUUUCGGAGUUGAUACUCCCGGAAAUCUUAUGACAGGAUUCUAUGAGCCAUACUGGCUGAUUGACAUUGCUAAUGCUUGCAUUGUUCUUCACCUUGUUGGAGGAUAUCAGGUAUUCAGCCAGCCACUCUUUGCAGCUGUUGAUAGAUGGUUUGCUCGGAAGUUCCCUGACAAUGAAUUUGUCCACCAUUCACACAGAUUGAAGCUUCCACUUUUGCCAUCUCUAAGAGUGAACCUUUACAGGCUGUGUAUUCGAACAGCUUAUGUUGCAUCCACUACCAUCUUAGCAAUAGCAUUCCCUUAUUUCAACCAAGUCUUGGGGAUCCUUGGAGCUCUCAUCUUUUGGCCUCUGUCAAUAUAUUUCCCUGUCGAAAUGUACUUGAAGCAGAGAAAUAUUGAAGCAUGGACAGGAUGGUGGAUUGCUCUAAGAACUUUCUCAUAUGUUUGCUUAGUGGUUACAAUAUUUGCUCUAUCGGGAUCUAUUGGUGGUCUUGUAAAUGCAAAAUUAAGUUAAGAGUUACCUUAGUAGUGAUCAGUGAAAGGAAACACUAGAAGAUUUGCUUUAAGAUCUUAUGAAGGUGAUUCUUACAGGUAGUGAAUUGAAGUGGUAAAAUAAGCUCUAUUUAUUUUGGAGUAAAGAGUUUUACAGGAAA